GUAGUCUGUGGCCUGUGCUUUGAUUUAUGAAAUACCACGAUAGUCGAUACUUAGCUCUACAACAUUUAAUAUUUAUUGAUAAUAUUUUAUGUAUAAGAAUGACAUUUUAAUUUAAAAAUUCAACAUUCAGUGUACUCUACCACCUUGUUCUAAACAAAUACUAUACCAUGGCAUCGCAAAUUUUAAAUAGAUUUAAACAAUUUGAUGCAUAUGCUAAAACUUUAGAAGAUUUUAGAGUAAAAACGGCCAGUGGUGCCUUUAUUACUAUACUUGGUGGAACGAUAAUGAUCCUUUUAAUAAUUUCUGAGUUACAUACAUACAUGUCGCCUAACAUAUCAGAAGAAUUGUUCGUGGACACAUCCAGAGGUCACAAGAUAAGAAUAAAUUUUGAUAUUAUUGUUCCUAGAAUAUCAUGUAACUACUUAGUUCUUGAUGCAAUGGAUUCGUCUGGGGAGCAACACUUACAAAUUGACCAUAAUAUAUUUAAAAGACGGUUAGAUUUAGAUGGAAACCCAAUAGAAGAAGCAAAAAAAGAAGAAAUAAUGACGUCAACUGCAGUUCCAAAUAAUUCUUCUGAUGUUGCACAGAUAACAUGUGGAAGUUGCUAUGGUGCAGCAUUCAAUGACUCUCAGUGCUGUAAUACAUGUGAGGAUGUCCGUGAAGCAUAUAAAAUGAGGAGGUGGGCACUGCCUGAUUUAUCUACUGUUGAACAGUGCAAAAAUGAUGAAUCUUUAGAGAAAGUAAAUCUUGCUUUAAAAGAAGGAUGCCAAUUAUUUGGAAACAUGGAUGUUAAUAGGGUUGGUGGAAGUUUUCAUAUAGCUCCUGGAAAAAGUUUUACUAUUAAUCACAUCCAUGUCCAUGAUGUCCAACCAUUUUCAUCAUCAGUAUUCAAUACAACCCAUGUAAUAAAACACUUGAGUUUUGGUUCAGAUAUUAAAAAUGCAAACACAGCUCCUCUAGAUGGAGUAACUGGGUUGGCAAAAGAAGGUGCUGUUAUGUUUCAGUAUUAUAUUAAAAUUGUUCCAACAAUGUAUGUUUCUUUAGACAACAAAGUAUUACAUACAAAUCAAUUCUCUGUUACUCGUCACCAGAAAUCAGUGUCAAAUGUCAAUACAGAAUCUGGCAUGCCUGGAGCAUUUUUCAGUUAUGAAUUAUCACCUUUGAUGGUGAAAUAUACAGAGAAAGAAAGAUCACUUGGUCAUUUUGCAACAAACAUAUGUGCAAUUGUAGGUGGAGUUUUCACAUUAGCUGCAAUUUUCGAUUCACUUUUAUACCACUCACUGAAUGCUGUUCAAAAGAAAGUAAUGUUAGGUAAAACUGGAUAAAAUUGUAAUUUACAAUGUUUUUAGAAAGAUAUUAAAAUCAUCAACACUA